AUGGAUUCAUUACCUAAACCAAAAUAUUAUGCCGAUGUUAAUUUAUUAAAAGGACAAGAUUAUUAUGAUUAUGAAAAAGUGGAAAUUUAAUAUGGAAAUUUGAAUAAUUAUUAAGUAAUAGCAAAACUAGGUAGAGGUAAAUAUUCGGAAGUAUUUUAAGGAAUAAAUACAUUGAAUAAUUAAAAAUGUGUUAUUAAAGUUUUAAAGCCAAUAAGAAAGAAAAAAAUAAAAAGAGAAGUCUCUAUUUUAAUAAAUAUUUGCGGCGGGAAAAAUAUAAUUACUUUAUUAGAUAUAGUAAGAGAACCUGAAACAAAAACAACAUGCUUAAUAUUUGAAUAUGUAAAUAGUUAAGACUAUAGAACAUUAUAUCCUUAAUUAAAUGAUUUCGACAUAAGAUAUUAUAUUUAUGAAAUAUUGAAAACACUUGAUUAUGCUCAUAGUUAAGGAAUAAUGCAUAGAGAUGUUAGAGUAGCUUCAAGAUAUUUUAAAGGGCCUGAAUUAUUAGUAAAUUAUUAAUAUUAUGAUUAUAGUUUAGAUAUUUGGAGUUUAGGAGCUAUGUUUGCAGGAAUAAUUUUCAAAAAAGAACCUUUUUUUUAAGGAAAUGAUAAUUAUGAUUAAUUGGAAAAAAUAAAUAGAGUCCUAGGUACUGCUGAUUUAACGGAAUAUAUAAAAAGUUAUGGACUUAUCCUUGAUAAUAAUUAUAAAGGAGUUUUAGGGAGAUAUGAAAAAAGAAGUUGGUAUACUUUUGUAAAUAAUGAAAAUUAACACAUUGCAAAUGAAGAAGCAAUUGAUUUAUUAAACAAAAUGUUAGUAUAUGAUCACGUAUUUUGA